AUGAACAAGCUACCACUCGAACUUCACGAUCGCAUCGUUCAAUUCUUAGGCAGAAGGAUAGGUGAAGAAUUCCUACCACCUUGGGAACACGGCACUCUUCCCUUUGCGCUGCCAGCCAUCGCGGCUGUGUCGCGAAACUUUCAACAGGCCGUCGAGCGACUCACCUUCCGCAAUCUGAAAGUGUCUACCAGCCCCUCAGAUCUAGAUGUUUUCCGUCGCACCUUGACGCCACAGCGUCAGCGUAACAUACGGCGUCUCACCGUCCACCUCUGGAUUGACCAUCCGUUGUCGCACACAAAUAGCCCUUACCAACCCAGGAGAUUCGCAACGAGUGAGGAACGGAGGGUUAUCAAUGAAACAACGACGACCCAGUUAAAAGAGUUGUUCAAUAUCCUCGCAGCAUGGCGUUUACAAGAACCAUCUUUGACUCUAGAGGUCACUGGCCCGCUGCUGUCUUACAAAACAGAAGAUGCUUUGCGUGGACCUUACCUCAGAUUCUCCAUGCUCGACGUCUUAGGCGACAUGGUAGAUUUUCCGCCCUUACCCAUAGUUAAACAGUUGUAUGUGUACUCCAUGUCGUGUCACCUGCACCCUCACUUGGCUGUAUCUUUGACAGCUAAGAUGCCAAACGUAUCUCACGUAGAUUGGGAUCUAUCGACUUGUCACACUAUCAGCUGGGGUUUAUAUCACUACAUGUCCCGGAUCUGGCGAGACGGCCUUGUUCAGAGCAUCGAAUCAACAACCUUACCGCCGUCAGUCGAGAAGUUUACCUUUAAGAUGUUUGUGCCAGGAACUGGUAGAUUCCAGAUCUUGCCAAAUUUCAUCGGGUCUACUUCUUCGGAUUCCGUCAGUCUUGCCCUCCGCAAGCUAACGAAGGAUUGCGCAGAGGUUUACAUCGAUGGCUCCAUCCACGCCUCGCUCUUCGACCCUUUGGCCGGUCCGGGUACCGCUCCGCAAGAAGCGGCGCUGGCCUGGGAGAAAGUCACACGGCUGGAAGUGAGGGUAAGCAUGUGCGGUCCGGAUGGGAAGUGGCUUUUCAAGAUCGAUCCAAAUGACGAGACUCCUGGGAACCCUCCUGAAGACCUCGAUUUCGACUGUCUACCUCCGGGCUACGGGACCACCGAGUCGGAGUUGGACGACGCUGAGGAGUACUACGACGAUCAUCGGGAGGAUAUCGCGCCCGAGACGAUGGACGAAAACAAUUGGGACGGCGAGUUCUUCCGCACCAAAGCCGACGACGGGCCGAUGAACGCGCUGCUGGUGGCCUUCGCGCGGGGGUGCAGGCGCGGGAACAUGCCUGCCCUGCGCACCGCCAUCCUCCAGUGCGAGUUCUUCAACACCGAUAACUGGCCCUUCCAGGUCACCUACUUCGCCGCGGGCGCGACGGCCCCGAUUGGGUGGGACGCCGAGUUCGCGGGCGGAGACCACGACGCCUGGCGCGUCUUCUUCCACGUCGGCAACUGGCGGCCCGCCGAGGAGACGCUGAAGGAAUUCCGCCGGAUAAGGCGCGAGCUUGACGGCCGCGACACCGUCGUGUGCUUCUUGCCUUGGGGGGACUUUCUUGAUUGA